UUCCGGGGGAACACUACCAUCAGGAACAGUCGACUUCAACAUCUAGUCAUGGCUGUGCUAAGCUUAUCGAAGGCUAUUAGCUUCUUUUCGUUAUUUUCCAUUUGCAGCGGACUUAAGGUGCCAAUUAACAAAAAUGGACCGAUGACGGACAGUCGUUUCAGUGGCAACCAGGAAACGCCACUCCAUUGGAGGAACAUAGCAAAAGAAGACCUUAAUAGGCGACUGAAUUUCAAACCAAACGUAGCUGUCGCUAAAAAUGUGGUAUUUUUCCUUGGCGAUGGAAUGGGAAUAUCCACGGUUACCGCGGCGAGGAUCCUGAAAGGUCAACUAAAGAACAGGACCGGGGAAGAGGGUCAGCUUGUCUGGGACGAGUUCCCUAAUGCAGCACUAAGCAGGACAUAUAAUCAGGACCACCAGACCCCAGAUUCCGCCGGAACCGGAACUCAGUAUCUUUGUGGUGUUAAAUCCAAUAUGGGCAUGCUGGGACUGGAGGCAAGAGUGGAGAAAGGAAAUUGUACGCAAUCAAAGGGCGCACACCUGACGUCAAUAUACAACUGGUCAAUGGAUAAAGGAAAGAGUGUCGGAGUGGUGACCACAACGCGCGUCACACAUGCGACCCCCGCCGCUGGUUAUGCUCACAUUGCUAAUCGGGACUGGGAAGGGGACGCGCCAAUGGGAGAUAUGGUUGGAAAAGGUUGUAAGGACAUAGCUCAACAAUUAGUGGAGGAAAAUCGAGACAUCAAGGUUAUUAUGGGAGGCGGAAGACAGUACUUUGUACCAAACGAUACUAUUGAUCCGGAGCACCGAAACGUGUCAGUUGAUGGACGAAGGGACGGACGCAACCUGAUACAGGAAUGGAUCGAGGACAAACAGAAGAGAAACCUUUCACAUCGUUACGUAUGGAAUGCUACCGACUUUAAUUCAGUGGACCCGAAAAAAACGCAAUACCUCAUGGGAUUAUUUGAAGCAAGUCAUAUGCAAUACGAAGUUGACAGAAAGGAUCCUAACUACGAAACAGCUGGCGAGCCUUCCCUCGCAGAGAUGACGAACAAGGCCAUUCAAAUACUACAACAAAACGAAGACAAAGGAUUUUUCUUACUUGUCGAAGGAGGUAGGAUCGAUCACGCCCACCAUGAAAAUCACGCGGAAAGGGCCCUCCAUGACGUGUUGGCUCUGGAAAAGGCUGUAGAAACAGCAAUCAGCCUUACUAAUGAAGAUGAUACUCUGAUCGUGGUCACUGCUGACCACUCUCACACCUUCGUAUUAUCCGGUUAUCCGUCGCGUGGUAAUCCAAUACUUGGUCUGGUUGAUGACACGAAGGGUGGGUACAUGCUUGCGGAAGACAACAAAACGUACACAACUCUCCAGUACACAAACGGCCCUGGAGGGUUAGAGAUGGACGCUCUCCUUCAUAACCAAGCCUACCGAGGUCGGACAAACCUUACUGAAACCAAAACAAUAAUAAAAGACUUCACUACACAGUCCGCUGUUCCUCUGGCUUAUGAGACACACGCCGGGGAAGAUGUCGGUAUAUAUGCCAGAGGGCCCAUGUCACAUCUUUUCCAGGGAGUACACGAGCAGCACUAUAUUCCACACGUUAUGGCGUUCGCUUCCUGUGUGGGUGAUUACAAAGAUGAUGAUAACUGCGCAGCUUCCGCCCAGCAUUCAAACGGCGUUAAUGCUGCGGACGGUGUUAAUGCUGCGGACACACUAAGAAGCACUUUGGUUCAAAUCUGCACUGUGGUUAUUGUCCUUAUGUUAGAUAGAUUUUGAAAAAAAUGUCGUUUUCAAUUAAGCACGUCCGAAUAAAAGUCGGCACAAAAUAUGAAUAUGAUUUAAUUCACAUGACGGAACUUUUUGUACAGCCAAAAUCGCAGCAUACAUACAUCCUUAAGUACAUUGCCAUUAUGAUUCGGUUUGGAUAUUUUUUGUCUCAACGACAUUUUUACAGGGUGGGAUAUUGUAAUUAUCCCCCUUUGGUUGUCAGUCCCUAUCGCCACGUUUCCUAAUUUUAUCUCCAGUUCUCGAUCUACACACAGUGAGUGUGUUUGCCUGGAACUCCUUCCAUGCCCAAAGGUCAAAGGUCAAGGGUAUACAUGGUGUAAUAAGAAAACCGCGUCAUGUAGUGUUUCUUUGGUCGAUUUCAUUGAAUCUCUAUUUUCAUAAUUCUCUUUAUCACUAUUGUCACAGAGAAACUCAAACAUUUAACGCUUUAUUAACUAAACUAGAACGAUAUUGUUCAGAUUAACAUUCUCAGACAGACGAUGCUUGGUUUCACGAUUGUAUUUUGAUUUGAUGGCCUUAACAUAACGUACCUGUUACGUGUAACACGAAUGGGAUUUAACGUUUUUUUAUAUCACGGAAACUGAAAAACCGAUUUCUGAUGGCUAAAUUGCAAGUAGUGACCUUAAUUUAAGUGUGUCUUGAAUUUGUGUGAUUUCUUGUGAGGUUUAGCAAAGCGUAAAUCCAAGAUGAAGUUCAAAAGAAAUGAUGAUUCACAAUUACCGAAAGAUAAUUUUUUUUCAAUGAUUUACCAAUGAGCGGAUUACAGUAAAAUUAAUCAGUUGUCUCCUACAACUUUCGUCACGUUAUCACAAUCAAGAUUAUAUAUUGGUUAUUCUAUAGGGUUACUACAAGUCAAUUGUUUACCUCUUGUGUAUUUUGAUUUCAUUUGUUGUACAUUUUGAAUUAAAU